UGCUGUGGUGCUGAAGAGACAACUCUCCUCGCCUCCCCUCUCCUCUCAGACAGACAGCCAGUCGCUCGCUCGGUCGCUCGGUUGGUCUGCAGCCAUCAGCUGGUCGGUGGACGCUGGAUUUCACCGCCGCACAGCUCACAGUUAAUUAGCGCUCAUUGCAGGAGGACACAGAAGAAAAAUUUAACUCAGCACUAUUUAUACAUCCACCGAAGCCCAUGUGGGAGAUUUCCAACAAGUCCUGAGGAACAGUGAUGGUUAAUGGGUGCCACCUCCCGAGGUUGCUGGAGUUCUUGCAAUCAUAGAUCCAUCAUCAACGGAAAAGCUUUCAUCAUGGAAACCCCCUACCUCCAGACAGCGCUCCAUGACUCCUCCUGUAGAGGGUGUAAUUGAUGAGGGAGGUGUAGUGAGACUCAGACAAGCUUGCCCGUGAAGAAAAAAAUCACCCAAACCAUGUAGUGUACCUCUCUCCAAGGAGGGGGGAGGGUAUACAUUCGAGUCUGAUUUAUUUUUUAUUUAUUUCUGUUUAUGUAAUCUCUGCAGCAGAUUUGUGUUAGCUUCUUUAAAGAGUGGGCGUGGGCAGAGUGAGCAAGGUGAGAAGAAAGUGACAGAGAGGAAGAAAGAGAGAGAAAGAAGGAAAGAGAUGGUCCUCCACACCACCCCUUACUCCAGUGCCUGUCUGCACUUCCUGGAUGGCUUGUCGUGGAGCUUGGUGUUCCCCUGCUACUGGCUGCUGGACCGGCUCCUGGCCUCCUGCGUGGCCACCUCACUGGAGAAGCGCCAACGCUCCCAGGACCCCUGCUCCUUCCUCACUCUUUGUGUAGUGAUCUCCGCCCCCCUUUACCUGCUCCUUCUCCUCGCCUCCCUGCCCUUCGCUUUGCUGGGCUUCAUUAUCUGGGCUCCGCUGCAGGCCAUCCGCCAGCCCUACUUAUACACCUUCCACAGACCAGACAAACAUCAGGCCGAGCAGGGCCAGGCUGGGUCAGGGGGUGUUGGGAUUGGGGAAUGGAAGCCACAGGGCAGAAGCUUCUGUUUCUGUAGUGCCAACGUAUGCCUGCUGCCCGAUUCCUUGGCCAGGUUCAACAACCUGUCAGACACCCAGAGGAGAGCCCGGGAGCUGGGGAAGAGGAUCCGUAAUGGUGCCAGUCGGCCUCAGAUUAAAAUCUACAUCGACUCACCUACCAACACUUCAAUCAGUGCGGCAUCCUUUAGUAGUCUUGCCACAGGUUUUCGCCGUACCUCCUCUCUGGACCAGCGUCCAGACCAAACCACCAAUGGACCAGCCGACACCGAAGAGUGCCCGAUUCACCCCUCAGGUGCCACCGACUGCCCCGUUCACCCCUCUCCAGGAGAUCAGGGCUCCGCUGAAUGCCCCCUUCACCCAGAUGGAGCAGACAAGACAGCAGACUGCCCACUCCACUCUGCAGGGAUGAACAGCAGCUCAGACUGUCCCGUUCAUACUACAGGGGAGGCUUCAGACUGCCCCAUGCAUUCCACAGGGGCUCAGAAUGGCCAAGGCCAUCAUGACUGCCCCAUGCAUGGUGAAGGGACCCAGCCAAAACCAUCCCCAGACUGCCCACUUCACAACUCAGGGGUUCAAAUCAGCAUCAGUGCCCCAGAGCCGGACCCCCAGGAGGAGGAGGCCGAUACAGGGAACCAUCGGCCAGGGGAGCAGGCGGGGGGAGACACAGGCAGCAUGACUGCCUCCAGGGAAUCCCUCGCUCGAUACCAUGGAAGUGACGGUGGCGUAGGGAUAUCCUCCAACAAUACUCUCUCUCAUGUCCCUCGCACGUCAAUCUUUAAGCGCCCUGGACGAAAACGCCGCCACGGAGAUGAGACGUUCGACCACGAGAUCUCUGCCUUUUUCCCUGCCAAUCUGGAUUUCCUGGCUCUACAAGAAGUGUUUGACCACGGAGCGACGACUAGACUGCGGCGGCAGUUGCAUCGCUACUUCCCCUUUGUGCUGAGUGAUGUUGGGCGGUAUGGCUGGAAAGGCUGCUGCUCAAUGUUCAAGUUCCUUAACAGUGGGCUGAUGCUGGCCAGCCGCUACCCAAUUUUGGAUGCACGGUACGAGUGCUACCCCAACGGGAAAGGAGAGGAUGCACUGGCAGCUAAGGGGGCUCUGUUUGCCAAGGUUCACGUGGGCACGUCUCAUCAGGAGCAAAGGGUUGUGGGAUAUCUCACGUGUACGCACCUCCAUGCCAUAGAAGGUGACGCAUCUGUGCGCUGUGAGCAGCUGGACCUGUUGCUCCAGUGGGGGGCGGAGUUUCGCCAAUCCUCAUCCCAACCACCUGCAGGAAAGAAGGUGCUGGAAGACCUGGUGGCCUUUGAUGUCAUCCUGGGAGACCUCAACUUUGAUAACUGCUCUUCAGAGGACAAGCUGGAGCAGCAGCAUGCACUUUUUACUCAAUACAAGGACCCAUGUCGCCUGGGGCCAGGAGAGGACAAACCGUGGGCUCUCGGUACUUUACUGGAUCCCAGUGGCCUUUAUGAUGACGAGGUCAGCUCAGCUGAAAGUUUACAAAAAGUGAUGGAGAAUGAGGAGGGCAGGAAGGAGUACCUGGUGUUCCCUCCCAGUAAAAGCCAGUGUCCCGCCAGCAGUCAGAAGGGGAGGAAGAUCCCGCUGAAAGGCAACGGACGCCGGAUUGACUACAUCCUCUACAGCGACGAGGGCCUGCAGCAGGACUGGAAACUGGAAAUCGAGGAGUUCAGCUUCGUCACCCAGUUGGCUGGCCUCACCGACCACCUGUCUGUGGCAAUGCGAUUGGCUGUUUCCACUGGGGAAGAGGAGCCUUAGAUUGACCACCUGAGCAUUUUUCUAAAACACUGCCAUGGGGGAAUGACAGACACCCAGAGAAGAGAAGAAGAGAUUACGAGUUUACAGAUAUGGAGCUGCUUGACAGAGACAAAAUGCAGUUCUGCGAGAGGAUUGGCGGGACGGCGAAAUGGACAGGAUGAAUCACUGGAGGAGCGCUCAGUGGAUGAAUGGCUAUAAAGAAGGCGGAGGAGAGCAGCAGCAGAGGAGUGGUAUGAAAGGGAAAGACUCUGGUGGGGAGAGAUAAGCAGGGGAAUUCAGUUUAGAACACCAGAAAGAUAUUCAUCUUCCUGGGUAAACCACCCACACACACACACACACACACUAAAUACAGUAACACACAAACACAACUGAUCGACAUUUUGACUGUUGAAUAUCGCCUGGCCUCUCCAGUCUUCUCCUCCAACACUCCCUGUUGAACUGAAUCCAGAGGGUUUUAUUUACAGUGAAUUGUUUUAUGUAGCCAAUUUACAUACACUCCUUUUAUUAGAUCUGUUUUAGCUGUAGUGUAAGUAUGUUUUAGUUUUUUUAUGACUCUACCUUCAGGGACAGUUGGAUCCUCAUUCUUUAGUGAUUGUGUAUAAAAGAAAAAAACACAUAAUUGAAAAGAUGAGAAUGAAGCGUACAGCUACUGCCUGGCCUUUACACUGACUAUCUGUGUCCUUGUGUUGUGCUCCUUCCUGAAAGGCUAUUGGUCAGUUCCGCUGUCAGUCCUUAACCUUACUACUCCCACAUCAGUCCCAGGAACCUCAACAAGUGUCUUUUUUUCUAAAAAAAAAAAACAAACAAACAACAAACAAACAAAGCUAGUCUUUCUAAAAGGAGAAAAAUAAUAUGAUACAAUUUCUAUUGUUGCCACACCACUUUUUAUAGGGAGAUUAAAUGCCUAUUUAAUACUAUAUGGUAUGUUUCUAAAAAGAGGGAUUGUACAAAGAGACAUGGCAUAGGAGAAAAAGUGGUUUGUUUGAUGCAGUGUUUCUAGCAUGUUUUUCAGCCAUGACUGGUGAAAAUUUGACUUUGCGGAUGCAUGAUAGGAAAUGGUACCAGUUUACAACAUUAAUAUAGAGGCUUAAUACACUUGCUUGCUUGAGUCUGGCUGCUUGACAAGUCAAGACGCAUUUUGCCCUGAAACACAGACUUACUGUAUGCCAGUGUGGCAUUUGUGCAUGUGAGACUCCACCUUGCUGGUGACACUUAACACACAUAAAGGUAUGCACAGAAACAUACUGAGGAUUUACAUAUAGCAGAUACACAACGAUACACAUCAUGUACAGAGGGUGUUAUAACAUACCCUCUAGUGGCCAUAUUGGAGGUCUUCAACUCAAAUGACAACAUGUGACUUGGCUGUCUUUGACAGAGUAGAUAUCGUGAGCUUGUUAGCUAACAAACCACUGUAGCUAUCUGGUUUAGCGAGCCGUCACUGUCCUGUAAGCAUGUCUGAUUUGUGUACUAGCUAACAUACAGUAUACAGCCUAGUUGUUGGUCUGAGCACAGCCAGUUGUCCAACGGAUCACCGUGAUGACAGCCAUAUUGUGACGCAACUGCAAAACCUCAUAAUACAGAAACAUUUUGAAGACCUACAGGCUGCGCACACCCUGUACAAUAUGCCAAGUAUAAGUACACACAUUUGAUGAAAUAUACAGAUCUCAAGAAGUGCAUAAGUAAUACUACAAUGCAACACAACUUAAGGUGUGUUCAGACUGAAAGCAAAACAACUUCCAUUGAUGCAAGUGAAUUUCAUUUUGCAAAAUGUAUAUAAAUAUUUCAACUGCAUUUAUCCUACAGCUUUAUGACUCCAAUCCAAGAACAAACAGAGAUAAGAAGAAAAGGAUCUGUAAGGAUCUGGGAGAUAAGUCUAUAUCUUGUAUGUAUGUUAUUAGCUACCAAAAGUUGACCCCUGCACAGUGUCUAGCAGUCAAAUGAGCCAAAUGCAAAAAUUUGCUUCACCUUUAGUCUAAACACACCUUCCGAAUUCUGCUCCCCUCACCUGUUACAGUAUUGACACACUGCUCCUGCUGCUGGUUGGACAGCAAUAUACUGCAGAGAUUACAACCUGUGGAAAUGUUGUAAUACAUAAAAUUGUUAUUAUAGCAUAGUAUUCACAUUAGCAGUCAACUCCCAAUUUGUAACAGACCAUGGUCUCAAACAGGAGCUGGAACUUUGUAAAGAGCAGUCUUUGGUCAGUGUAACUUUCAAAAGACUUGUAGAUGCUAAUAUUGUCCUUGUGUACCCUGUAGACUGUAGACCUGUUGGCCAUGGGGCUCCCUGUGAACAUAUGCUGUGUUGAGUGAUAGGCCACCACCAUUAUCUCAAAAUUUGGAAAACAGCAGCUCUAAACCUACAUUAUCAGUAAUCUUAAAUGAGAUGCAGCCAGACCUUACAGUUCUGUUUAAAAAAGUAAGCAAACUGACUUUUUACAGCAAAAACUUAACGUACGUAAGUUUGCUAACAUUAGCCACCAUGAGCUACUGGUCGCACCAGACCAGGUGUGAAUUGAACUAAGGAAGGAUGUGUUUUGUUACUUUUGAAUUCAACUUUUAUUUUUUAAGAGGACGUUUGUGUUAUUUCUUCUUUCGAAAAUGUACAUAUUCAUGCUUUAAAAGAAGAGUUUGUUUUAGUAGCCUAGCGGUGGCCUCCCUAUCACUCAACACUAGGUAUGCUAGCGAGUUAGCAGGAAACUCCAGAUCAAUGAUCUACUGGGAACACGUGGAUCAUAGUGGUGUCCCUGUUGUCAUCAGUCAACAUGGGAUCAACUACCAAAAUCAUGUUGUAUAUUUCUUUUAGAGAUGUGUGUAAAGAAUCACUAAUGUAGAAGCCUGUUUCUUUAAAUAAAACAUGUAUUACAGUAACAGUUUAGGUUUUCCGAUACUGUUUGAUUUCCAUGGUCUGCACGCUGAACAAUGUUUACAACAGUUUUAUGACCUGCCUGCCUUUGUCUUGGCACUAGAGAAGAGCUUUCCAAGUGUCAGUUUCAACACAGAUGUGUGUGUAUGUUUGGGCAGCUCAUCGUAUUGUGUUUUUUUCAAUACAAAUGUGCUAAUUGGUGUUUCUCUGAACACACAGGAUGGACAGUACAGUAUGCGUUUACAGAUGUGGUUUCAAGAGUAUUCAUCCUACUGCUGUGUGUGUGCGUGUGUGUGUGUGUGUGUGUGUGUGUGUGUGUACAGUUUGUGUGUUUAAUACAGGAAACAUGUUAGUUGUUCUGUUAUGUUUGUUCCACUGCCAUUUUUCAUUACAGUAUGAGUCCACAGGUCACCUGGCUGCUCUGACACUCACUCUGUCUCUUUAUGACAUAUUAUUAUGAUUAUUAUGACUAAUAUAUUCUUCAUAUUACUAAGGUUUUUAUUUGUGCUUUUUUCAAUUCAAGUUUCACCAUGUUUAUAGCGAGUUACAGUAAGAUGCCACUGUUUCCAUGAGAAUCUGCUAUUAGGGUAAAAUAAAGUUCUGGUUUGGAGGGA